AUGUCUGAUCCACUAGCAAACCCUGUUCUUUCUUCGAGAUCUUUCAGAAAAGAGGAACGUAAAUUGAAGUAUGCCGAUUUAGCCAUCCAAGGAACAAAUAAUUCUUCAAUAGCGUCCAAGAGAUCUGUAGAGCUUCUAUACGCGCCAGCAAUGGGUAUGAACAGAUCAUCUACUUCAGUGAACAAUGUGAAGGAGUACUUCAAAUGGUUUGUGCCCAAAAAGGUAAGUCGAUCUCCCUGUAUUAACAGAGGUUAUUGGCUAAGAUUACAUGCCAUUAGAUCAUGUUUAGAUUCAAUUGUACAAACCUUACAAGACAAUGAGAAGAUGGUGGUGGUUAAUCUAGGUUGUGGAUUUGAUCCAUUGGCAUUCGAACUAUUGGAUCCAGAGAAUAUGAGUGCUGCCAAAUAUAGGAAUAAGAUCAGUUUUAUCGAUGUUGAUUAUCCAGAUUUACUCAGAAAUAAAAUCCAGAUUUUGAAAGAUACGCCAGAAUUAAGUACCAUAAUUGGAUCUGAUGUCGAAAUAAAUGAGGCUAUAAAUGCUAAUGGUGAUGGAAUAGAGACAAGAAACUAUUCUGCCAUUCCCUGCGAUUUAAAUGAUGCAAAUACCUUUGCUAACCUACUGAAUUCCACUGACAUUUUAAAAAAAGACAAGAAAAUUGUAAAAGUUUUUAUUGCUGAAGUGUCAUUAGCAUAUAUGAAAUAUCAACAGGCAGAUAAAAUCAUUUCUUUGACAGGAGCAUUGCCAAAUUCCCAGUUCAUAAUACUUGAGCAGCUAACUCCAGAGGGCCCCUUUGAACCAUUCUCAAAGCAAAUGCUAGCUCAUUUCAAGAAAAAUGAUUCACCUUUGCAAUCAGUGCAAAAAUAUCCAACAGUCAACUCCCAAUUAUCUAGAUUCAAAUCAUUAGGAUAUAUGAACGCAAAUGCAGGAGACUUGCUGCAACUUUGGAACUCUGUGCCUCUAAUAACCCGUCAACAAAUAGAAAUGAUCCAGCCAUUUGACGAAUUGGAAGAAUUUCACCUUUUUGCACACCAUUAUCUUCUUUUACAUGCUACAAAUAAUCCUGCAUAUAAAUUUGUCGAUUCAUUUGAAAAUCCACAAUCUGUCAAAGAUUUGGCCCCAAUCCAUGUAGAUUUUGAAGAGACAACUUUAGAUUUGAAAAGGAAUUUUGGGGCAUCUGCCCUUGUUAGUGCAUCAGACUCAUCUAAAGAGAUAUGGUACCAUGGUGGUUGUAACCCAUAUAGAACUAAUGAAACGUUACAAAUAAAGCUUGAUAAAAUUCUAUCCUAUGAACAGAUAUCAACUUUGAAACCACUUCCUCCUAGUAGAACAUGCCAUACCUUCACAAAUAAUGUCGUUAUUGGUGGUAGACUGGCGCCGCACAAACCAAUCAACGAUGUUUGGCGUCUAGAUGAGAAAACACUGCAAUGGGAGCAGAAGACAUCUCUACCGGAAGGCCGUUUUAGACAUUGUUCGGUAUCCGUAUCGACAAAUGAAACAUUAAUAUUUGGAGGUAAGUCUUCUGUUACACUAUCCUCUGCCAAUAAAUUUCUAAAAUAUGAUAUUUCAGCAGAUACAUAUAAUUCAAUGUCUGUAGCUAAUGGCGAGGUGCCUAGCCUUUCGGGUGCGGCGAUGGAUUAUAAUGAGGAUACAGGAGUUGGUGCCAUAGUUGGUGGACAUGAAAUCGUCACGGAUACCUUCUCAGAUGGAUUAUUCGUAUUCUCCUGCGAUAAAACGAAUGUAAUCAUUAAAAAGAAAAUUAAUCAUCCCUUACUUCAAAGAUAUGGAGCCAAAAUCCUAUUCGUCAACGAUAAAAAAGUAUUGGUUGUCGGCGGUACGAGCCCUUCCUGUUUGUUCAAUCGCCAUAAUUCGAUCAUUUUAGUUGAUUUAGAACUACAGCAACUUAAUUGCAUACCGAUUCCUAAGAAAAUUUGGGAAACGUUCCAAUUAUUCCUGGUUGGGUUUGAAUUGAAACGUAUUGAUGAGAAGCAUGUGAUGAUUUUUGGUGGUGGAGCAACUUGCUAUGGAUUUGGCGCGGUCUCUAAUGUGGCGUUGAAGGUUGCACUUUGA